AUGUCUCACGUCGACAUCUUGUUCAACCAGUUGCAGAAGAGAAAAACCGAGCCAGCGCAAGUUAAAACGGCUAUCGAUAACUUUGAAAUAUGUAUUGUCGAUGUGAGAAAUAAAAUUGAUGACAUAAUAAAUGACGCCAAAGGUAUUUGCACUGAACCCCAAGGCAACAAAAGGAGACGACGUAAUAAUAAAAGUCACGAUCACCGAGUUGCUGCAUUAGAAGUACGCGACAAUAUAGUGAAUUCUGCAAAUGACAGAUUUCAAUUCAAAGAUCAUUUGGUAGCCGCAUCCCUUUUUUCCCCGAACACUUUGGAGAAUACUGUGGUAAGUUUCCUGAUGACAAGUUGGAAACUACCUGCUUGGCUUAUCCCGAAUUAG